AAUUGUCAGUUUGGGAGAACAAUUUAGAGGAGAAAGUUGUUACUCAAAAUUCACAAAAUUUUCGUUGAUUUGUUCAUUAAAACAUUUCUAUACAAUACGAAAUAAGUAAAAUACAAAAGGAACGUUUUAACUUAAGUUUAUUUCUAGGUAAGAUGUUUGUUCUUCUAAUUGUGCUUACCAUUGUAGCCAACAGUGCUGCAGGACAGGAGCUUGAUGCCGACUCUCUAGCAGUAUUCACCAUACACUUCCGGAAGGCUCUGCUGGAAGAAGUGGCUUACCAGUUGAAUGUUACGGUUAACACGACCAACGUAUUGAAAGCAAUGCUCGAUGACUGUAAGCCAAAAAUGCAGAAACAAACCAGUCUGUGCAAAGAGUGCACUCAGGCUGCUUGUCAAAAGUCUCCGACAUUCGAAGAUUAUCUGAAACUUGCAAAUCCCUACCUGUACCUCAAGGAGCCCUUAGAUAACAUCGGUGGCCAACUUGGGGAUGCCGUUGAGUUGAUAGGAGAAGAAGCUAGCGGAUUCUACAACUCCUUAAACAGUCUUGGAAAUUCUAUAACAAGCUUUCCUGAUGAAGCAAAGGAAAUUUUCUCAAACCUUAACAAAGAAUUAGGAAAAUUGGACGAUUACUUUAAGGACCUCGGAGAUAUAAUUAUCGACGCAGGCACACUUGUCAAAGAUCUUUUUGACGAUAUAUUUGGAAAGAAGAGAAGAAGACGAACCAUUUCUGACUCCGAAAUAAGGCUUCGUGAUCUCAUUGACCCGGAAUCAGUACUGCGUGCUCUUAUUGCGAGAACAAUGGAACUGCGGGCAAAUAUUGACCCCGAUGUUAGGGCAUGUAUGGAACAGUGCUCGUCUUGUACGCCCUUGUUACAACCGACCCAACAAGAAAUAAUUGAAUCGGUUUGUGGAAGUCAAGUUAUCACGCUGAAUAACACCAUUCAGACCAUGAUCAAGAAGAUCAAAACAGCAUAUAACUAUGCGCUUGACAAAAACAAUCCAAUUGUUCAAAAGGUCGUUUUGAAUAUCGCUUCCCUCGAGUACGUACACUAUACGCUAUCAGAUGUCGAGAUUACAGCGUAUCUUGCCAAUGCCUACACUUCUUACCAAACAGACAUUGACUACCCACUGCUGAACUUGCCUCUGGGUGGUAGGAAAAUGGGUUUGGAAUAUUGGACGAAGAUUACUGUGUAAAACAAGCAACGAAUGAAACUUUAUAACGCUAUAUAAUAUACAUAAAUGGUAUUUCUUUGAAUGUGAUGUGUAGAUGUGAGAUAUACAUGGAUGCCGCCAAGCUUAUGGCAUCGUAUAAACGUUUUCUUCAGACAAUAUUUCUCCUUUUAUCUACCCCCCCCCCUCCACCACCCUCACACACACACACACACACACACACACACACACACAAAACAAAACAAAAACCUCUUGGUUUCUAGAUAAAUUAGACAUGCAAUCAAUCUGGUUAAAAUGAAAUACAAGUAUGUUAAAAUUAUGUGUUCAAACCUUAUUUUUUCAACAAAUGGUAAAGUGAGGAUUCUUUUGGAAAAUGUGAAACAUGAACCAGGUUAUUGACCUAUGACAGUAUCUUACGUUACAGCAAUUUUUUGAACCUCCAAAUAGUUCCAAAGUAAGGAAAAAUAUUUUACGGUCUGAGAGUUUGAUCUAUUUGUACUAUAGUUUCUAACGCUUCUUUUAUUAAUAGAGUAGCUUAUCGUGUAAUGCUAUACACUCAUCUGUGGAGCAGUGUGCGAAAGAAUGGGCUUACACCAAUUAUACAUAUCGCUAAAUACAAAUUUGCAAAUCAUU